GGGCUCUGCGGGGUGUGGAGCUGUCAAGAGGGCCUGGUGGGUUCCAGUGGCGGCGGCCCUGGGGAGGGAGGGGCGCGGUCCACAGCGGCCUUCCGCGGCCUCGGCACCGGGGUAGGCCGCCGCGCACGGGCUGCGGCGGUGCGGGCCGCCGGCGCGGGCUAACGGGAACCGCGAGUCCCGCACUAGCUGGAGCCGACUCGGCGGCGCUGGAGGGAUCGGCGGGAAAUGGCGGACGAGGCGUUGUUUCUGCUUCUCCACAACGAGAUGGUGUCCGGAGUCUACAAGUCCGCCGAGCAGGGGGAAGUGGAAAAUGGACGAUGUAUUACUAAGCUGGAAAACAUGGGGUUUCGAGUGGGACAAGGAUUGAUAGAAAGGUUUACAAAAGAUACUGCAAGGUUCAAGGAUGAAUUAGACAUCAUGAAGUUCAUAUGUAAAGAUUUUUGGACUACAGUAUUCAAGAAACAAAUUGACAAUCUAAGGACAAAUCAUCAGGGCAUAUAUGUACUUCAGGACAACAAAUUUCGACUACUUACUCAGCUGUCUGCAGGAAAACAGUAUUUAGAACAUGCAUCAAAGUAUCUAGCAUUUACAUGUGGCUUAAUCAGAGGUGGCUUGUCAAACUUGGGAAUAAAAAGUAUUGUAACAGCUGAAGUAUCUUCAAUGCCCGCCUGCAAAUUUCAGGUGAUGAUCCAGAAGCUGUAGAGUGCAGUGAAGCACAAGAGGGACUCUCCUGUACAAAGUGUUGCAAGUCCUGAUUUCACCUCAUCGUUGGCUGGCUGCGCUCACCAGAUUCCUGCAGACCGAAUCCCAGGAGAUAGAAGGUCCUUCCACCAUGACACAGACUAACUGAACUGUUCCAGGUGAUUGCAGUGGACUAGGCACCAGGAUGUAAAGCUCAUUAUUUUAAACACCCUUACUUCCUUAGUGUGAUACGUAUUUAAUCAUAGAUUGGGAAGUGAAACUCAGGGUGUAUUGAAUUCCUGAAUAGAAAAAUAUGUACCAAUCAGAAGAGUUUGUGUUCAAAUGACCAAAAUUUGUUAAAGUAAAUCUGUUUUAGUUAUUUAAAAAAAAA